AUUUGAACUAUAAAUAAAAACUUGAGAGUGAUAUCAGCGAUUUUUUGUUAUACACAAUUUAAUAAUUUUCUGAAAAAAUAUGAGUUCUAUUGGAACAGGAUAUGACUUAAGUGCAAGUCAAUUUUCACCUGAUGGACGAGUUUUUCAGUGCGAAUAUGCAAUGAAAGCCGCAGAAAUGUCAGGAACAGCAAUUGGAUUGCGGGGUAAAGAUGGAUGUGUAUUGGCUGUUGAAAAAGUGAUUACUAGUAAAUUGCAUGAGCCUGAUUCUGGCCGUAGAAUUUAUACAAUUGAGAAUUCUAUUGGAAUGGUAGUAUGCGGCUUAAUAACUGACGGACGAGCUGUGGUAAAUUAUGCAUUGAAAGAGGCACAAAGUUAUCGUCGACAAUAUGGUCAAACAAUUCCCUUAAAGAUCUUGAAUGAACGACUUUCGAGUCUAUUUCAUGCCUAUACUUUAUAUAGUGCUGUACGUCCGUAUGGCGUCUGUAUUAUUCUCACAACUUGGACUGAAGAAAAUGGCUCAGAAAUUUAUUCUAUCGAACCAUCAGGUGUUUCAUUUGGAUAUUAUGGAUGUGCUGCCGGCAAAACAAAGCAAGGAGCCAGAACUGAAAUCGAAAAGUUAAAGUUGAGCUCAUUGUCUGCUCGAGAAUUGCUGAAUGAAGGAGCAAAAAUCAUUUAUCGUGUUAACGAGGAUUCAAGUGAUAGUGACACAAAAUUCAAGCUAGAACUUUCUUGGGUUGGCAAGGAUACAAAUGGAAUUCAUCAGAUGUGUCCAGUCAAUUUAUAUGAAGAAGCUAAAGCUGCAGCUUCAGCCGCAAUGGAACAAGGAGAUAGCGAUAUUGAAUAAAUUUUCCUGAAAUUCAUUUGUAUUACUCUAAAAUUUACUUUUUAUUAAUAAUAAAAACUUAUGUUUAACAUG